AAAAAUGCAUAUAUAAGAAAUUACGUCUAUUACUUUUAUUUGUAAUAACAUUCACCGUUUUCGUGAAACACCUCAAGAAUUUUACAACACGUGGUCACGCUGUAGUCUCACCGCGUAAAGCCAUUAACGGCAUUAAAUUUUUAUCAUCGCUGUUACUAAGAGACAAAGGUCACUAAGAAGCCAUUAAAGCCAUUAACGAUAACGCUUGAUCAAAUUCAGACAUCGCACAGUCCGUGAACGCGAUCGCUUUACGACGAAAAGAAAAUAACACCAUUGCUGUAUAAUCGACAGACAACUGGUACAAGUGGAAAGCCAGAUGGCAUUCAUAUGUCUUUCAGUCAAGUACAGCGCGAAGAAGAGCGUGCUGUAAGGACAGCGUGAACGCGCCUCGGCUCUCAUCCGCGUGCGAGAUUUCCGUGAUUCCAGGCGAUAAUAACAGAGUGCGUUAUCGGACCGCGAGUCCAACCGACUGCUUCGUGUCUCGGAUUGCAAAUCACGAUUCCGCUCGGCGUGCACGCACGUCACGCAUCUCCCUCUGCUCCGCGCGCUUCCACGAGGACAAGGAGGAUACCGCAGCGGUCGCAGUGCCGUACACGUCUACGAUCGGAGAAGUUACUUCUGGGAUCGCCACAGGAAACGUGUAAUUGGGCCAAAUGGAUCGGGCGAGAGGACGGAUCUCGAUGGGUAAUUGUCGUACGAGAAAGCUGGGCGUUUGCGUGAGCGUGGUUGUACUCGGGACCAUCAUCGCUUGCACGAUGCUAGCGUAUACAGCGUUCGCAUCUCCGGUUGCUGAACAUGACACGUUACAGCAGGUGGUUUUUCUGUUCCGUCACGGCGACCGAACUCCUACAGAGACCUACCCUAAGGACCCUUACGUAAAUUACGAUUGGCCCGGUGGCUGGGGCGCCUUGACCAAGAAAGGAAUGCGUCAACUGUAUAACGUGGGUCAGUGGAUACGCUUAAAAUACGGCGCUAUAAUCGGUCGUAAAUUCGAGAACGCGGCCACGCUCGUGCGUAGCAGCUACGCGGAUCGGUGCGUCAUGUCAGCGCAGGCAUUGCUCGCCGGACUGUUCGUGCCGAGUCCCGAGGACAUGUUCCUGCCCGAUUUGGCAUGGACCCCCGUUCCUGUGCACUCGAUCCCACGAGAAUUGGACAAGCUGAUAACGGUGAAGGCACCGUGCCCAACGUUAGAGGAAGCUCUAAAACAGGCAUAUAUAGACGAGGAUAAAAGAUCGGGUGCAAAAAUGGCCGAUUAUUAUAAGGAACUGACGGAGCACACCGGACAGAAUAUGAGCACGAUCACUGACGUCGAAUUCCUUUACAAUACUCUCGAGAUCGAGGAGCAACACGGCUUACAGCUUCCGGCGUGGACGCAGAACUUUUACAACAAUGAGAUGCGCGAGAUAGCCGCUCGUAGCUUAGCUCUCUUUACCGACGGCCCUAUUCAAAAACGUCUUCGUGGAGGUCCACUGCUGAAAGAGAUCUUACGCCACAUGGAAGAGACUAAAAGUGGCCCCAAGCCGAAACGUUCUUAUUUUUAUUCCGCUCACGAUAUAACUCUUAUUAACGUGUUGGGGGCAAUGGGAUUUACGAAUGAGCUCCUUAAACCUGAUUAUGGAGCGACGCUCAUAUUGGAGCUACAUCUCACCAAUAAUGGAGCCGACCAAGAAGUGAAGGCGCUGUACUUGAAUAAUACGAAAACGGAAAAUGCACAUCCUUUGGUAAUUCCUAACUGUGCGAGUCCUUGUUUGUUGCAAAACUUGAAGCAAGCGUGGCAUCAAGUGAUUCCGAACAAUUGGGAUGCAGAAUGUAAAUUAAAUCACUGAGUUUUUAAAGUCAUUGUACUUAAUUAAAGCUAACUCGUAUGCUCAGGUUUUCAUGUAAAAUUAUUACUAGGUGUAAGAUGAAACGAUAGAUAUAAAACGUUAUUACGUUUAGUGUAUAAUGAAUGUAAAUAUCCUGAUGUAAUCUCAAGAUACUUAAGUCACUUUAGAUAUAAGAACAGUUAUUUCAUAUUCAUAAUUAUGUACUGUUAUAAUUAUCAGUAGAUAUUUGUAAUUAAUUAUUUAAUUAGCCAAUCAUAAUAUUAAUUAAAUAAUUAACGACUUAUGCAUUCAUAAUAUUAUCAUAAAAUAGUAAUAUAUUAGUAUAAUGCGCAUUAAAAUGAUAUACGUAUAAGAUAGAAAAUUAGAAGCAUUUUAUCUUUGCGAUUACAAUUUGCUAUAACAACGAUAUAAUUAAAAAAAUUAUCAUUUUUUAAAUUAUUUAUAAAAAAAACGAAUCCUAAUGAGAAUAUCUGACUGAAGAGUUAACAUUUUAUAAUAUUUUUAUUUCUGUGCAAUCAGUAGAUAAAAUCGUUGUGUCAAAAUUGCAUUUUAAAAUAUUACAAAAUCAAUAAUUUAAUAAUUCAAAACAUUCGAGUUGGAAAAUUUUGUUCUUUGAACUAUGUUGUUGUUACAGCAAAUGAGUGAAUGUGAAAAAUAUUUUAUUCUUACCGACAAUGGUCCAUUAAUAAAACAACGUCAUUGUUUGAAUACGUACUCCGUCUUUCAUUUGCAUUUAAAGAUGCAUACUCGAAAAAUCCAUUGAUGAGUGAAGCGUCUGCUAUGUAAAUUCUGUAAAAAUAAAAUUUAUAUUCAACAUAAACAA